GAAGAAGCGCCUGCUGUUGAAGAAGCGCCUGCUGUUGAAGAAGUCCCCGCCACUGAAGAGACACCUGCUAUUGAAGAAGCGCCUGCUGUUGAAGAAGCGCCUGCUGUUGAAGAAGCACCUGUUGUUGAAGAAGCACCUGCUGUUGAAGAAGCGCAUGCCACUGGAGCCCCUGUUGUUCAGGAGACUCCAGCCAAGGAAACUCCAGCUACUGAAGAGGUUCCUCCUGCCGAAGAAACCUCAGCUACAGAGUAUAAUCCAGCCAUUAAAGAGACUCCUAUGCCUGGGGAAUUUCCUGAGGAAUUUCCCGAGGAGACCCCCGCAACUGAGGAAGUUCUUCCUACUGAGGACAUUUCGGCCACGGAGGAUGUUCUUGCUACCGAAAAGGCUGCUAUCCCUGAGGAAGCUCCUGUCAUCAAGGAAGCUCUCGCUACUGAAGAGGCUUCGACUGUUGAGGAGGCCAAGGAAAUCCCUGCAGCCGAAGCUUCCCCCAUAACAGAAGAAGAAAAGACUAGUGUCGCGGAUGCUACAGUAGAAGGCGAAAGUGAAGCUGCACCUAUAGCGCAAUGCUCAACUAAGGAAAAUGAAGCGGAAGUGAAGUUGCGGUCUGAAGAGGCGAGCACGGAUGCAGUAGCUGAAUCUCAACCUUCCGAAUCUCGCGCUCCUCAAGACAUUGUCGAUACGUCCUCGCCUGAUGAUGCCCCGACCGUCGAAGAUACAAGCGAAGACGCUGACGCCCACGAUACCAUAGCUGCAGCAGAAGAAGAUGACUCUAUACCUGUUGGGGAAAGUUCAGACGACGAUGAUGCAUCUAUCGAUGAUUGGAUUGCUGAUGGAGAUGGCGGCGAUUGGAUUGCCGAUGGAGAUUCAGAUGGCGAGGACUCUGAACAAGAAAUGUCCGACUGGGAACAGGAUGACGUCUCGUCACAAUGUGAUGCGAUCGAGACGGAUGCAUCUGAACAUCACGAUGGCGAUGGCCCUAGUACUGGGAGGAGCUCGAUCGAGCCAAAGGGUGAAGACACGGAGGAUUUAGACUCACAGCAGGCUGCGGGGACUGUGGACGUGUUUGCAUUCCAGGAAGACAGCACGGGUUGCACGGACGAGGUCACAGAGUCUAUUGUCGCCAAAGAUAUAGCCGUUGUGGACAAGAGGGUGGCAGAGGCAGAGGCAGAGGUCAUGGCACAAGAAGGGUCGACUGGCACACACCAAGCAUAUGUCACGGAUGUUGAUAUUGAAGCAGAAUCGGCAGAGGUUCCUGUAACGGAGGCAGUGGGCGGUGAUGGGACAGGCCAUGGCGAUGGCAAAGGUGUCGAGGCAGAAGCAACACCAGAAUGCAGUCCGGGCGGUGAUGCUGUGGGCGCACUAGAGGUUACACCUGUUCUGGACCCUGGUGUCGGUGAGGGAACAUUGGCACAAAGCAAUAUGCUUGCCGAAGCCAGCGAAGCGGCCGUGGAGUCGGAGAAGCCCGAUGACGUGGGAGAGGCGAGGUCAAGGACGACGAUAGUCGACAACGCUGCCAAUCUACCCACAGCCGAGGACACACCAGACGAGUCAUGCGCAAUCACCCCGGCUCACGCUACUAGUGAAGUGAGCCCAAAUUCGGCCUCAGAAGAGGCUGGCGUUCAAGCACAAAGUGAUCAACACGCUAUCCAAGACGACCUCCCUGAGGGCUCUCCUGACGAACCACACGUUGCUGAUUCCUCUCCGCAACACACCGACCAAGAUGUUAUAGCAGCAGAUUCAGGAGUAGCAGAAAGCGAAACUAGCCCUGCUCCAGAUAUACCAGCCACUGAAGUGUCCGAAGCGAUCGCUACCAGCCAAGCUUCUCUAGAGGUGUCUGAUCCCCCCGAAGUGGACAUGAAGGCCAACGCAGUCCCAGCAGUCCCAGCACACCAAGAGAAAAUAGCAGAAGAGCCAGAGUCCGACUCGGGAAGCGAACCUGAGUCUGAAGAUGACGACUGGUCUGGGUCUGAAGUUUCAUCUUUACCGCCUGCCGAUGAUGUCUCGCAGGUUGAUGAUGACACACCCAGCUCUGAACCUGCACAGGAUGUGAACGACAAAGUCCAAGAUGCUGCCCUGGAGCAAAAGGCUCCUGUGAUGGCUGACAAGCCCGAUGCGCCAUUAGAGGACCAAGCCGAGGAUGACGAUGGCAUCGACGAUGGUCCCGAUGGCUCAGGCUCCGAGGUGUCAGCAACAGCCGAACCUGAAGAAGGCGAAUCCGGGAUCGCGGAAGACGCGAGCCAAUCUGGAAUCCAAGAAGACGGUUCGACUUGUGAGCCACCCGCGGAGCCUUUGCCAACUGAGGACUCCGACCCGCAAGGUUCUGAAGCUAGCCCAGAAAGUGUUUCCAAGAGCGUUGCGGAUGGCCCUGCUGAAGGAGACUCCAUUGUAUCUUCAGAGGGUUCUGAAGGUGAUGAGGAGGAGCCCGCUGCAGAAGAGCCCGCUGCAGAUGCAACAGUACCCGAGUCACAAGACGUGCCUGAUCUAACGGAAGAAGAUGCCAAAGAUGAUGCCGAAGACGCCGAAGACGACGACUGGGAUGGCUCCUCUGCAGCGAGUGAGUCUGGAAGUGAGGCUGAAGCUGAAGCUGACCAAGUCGAGGAGCAACCGGAGGUUGCGACUGAAGCGCACGAGGACGAUACUAUCUCGGCUGUAGAUGCAGAGGCAGAAGCUGGUGCCGCUGCAUCUGAAUUGGAAGUCCAGUUGAUUAAGCCGGCUGCGGAUGCGGAAUCUCAUGCAUCUGGUCCGGAAGAAGGCUCUGCAAGUGCGGCAGAGCUGGAAGAGGCUCAGGAACCCAACACUUCUGUACCAAUCCCUGAAGAGGCUGCGGCAGAGGACGCAACUCCUGAUGCUGACGAGGAGGAUCUCCAGGAGCAGGUGGAGGAUAGCCUUGUGGAGGAUAGCCUUGUGGAGAGCGAAGAUGGUGAUCCAGUCCCGGCUGAUGCACUGGAGGAGGCCAAGCCUGCACCACCAACUGAAGCCGGCACAGCAGAGCCGCCUUCAGACGGGUCAGAUAUUGCAUCAGGAGAGAGUGAAGUGUCGAUAGAAGAGGAAGCGCCCGCAGACGACACCUUAACUACGGAAGACGCUGCCGCGGCGGAAGACGAACCUUCGGAGGUACUGUCUGAGCUGGUUGAGUCAGUUGUAGAAGAGAGUGUUGCCGAGGAACAAGUACCUCCUGCUGAAGACGCUGCUCCAGAGCCAGAUGCUGAACCAGUCGCUGAAUCGGUCGUGGAAUCGGUUGCGGAAUCGGUCGAUGAGCCAGUCGAUGAGCCAGUCGAUGAGCCAGUCGAUGAGCCAGUCGAUGAGCCAGUCGAUGAGCCAGUCGAUGAGCCAGUCGAUGAGCCAGUCGCUGAAUCAGUCGCUGCAUCAGUCGGUGAAUCAGUCGCUGCAUCAGUCGGUGAAUCAGUCGCUGCAUCAGUCGGUGAACCGGUCGAUGAGCCAGUCGAUGAGCCAGUCGAUGAGCCAGUCGAUGAGCCAGUCGAUGAACCGGUCGAUGAGCCAGUCGAUGAGCCAGUCGAUGAGCCAGUCGCUGAAUCAGUCGUUGAGUCGGUUGCUGAAUCAGUCGCUGCAUCAGUCGGUGAAUCAGUUGCUGCAUUAGUCGGUGAAUCGGUCGCUGCAUCAGUGGGUGGAUCAGUCGCUGAGCCAGUAGCUGAACCAAUCGCUGAACCAAUCGCUGAACCAGUUGCUGAACCAGUCGAAAUUCCAGCAGAGGCCGAGCCUGAAGAAGAGUCACCCCCAGUGUCCGAGAUAGAGGUUGAAGAAGAAUCACAGUCAGAGGCUGCAACCGAGUCUGUACUUGCAGAGAACCCUAUUCCACCAGAGGAGCCAGAAGCUGAGGAACCCGCGCUCAUUGAACCAGAGGCGGAGCUAGAGGUAGCACCAGAAGCGGUGCCAGCAACUGAGCAAGAACCUGUGCCAGAACCAGAGGCUGAGCCAGAGCCUGUGCCUGAACCAUCAACAGAGCCAGAACCCGAGCCACCUGUGGAGCCUGAGCUUGAGCCACCAGCGGAGCCUGAGCCAGAACCACCAGCGGAUCCCGAGCCUGAGCCCCCAGUGGAACUCGAACCUGAACCUCCAGUGGAGGUUAUACCAGAGCCACCAAUGGAGCCAGAACCCGAGCCACAAGUGGAGCCUGAGCCUGAACCACUGGUGGAACCAGCACCCGAGCCGCCCGCAGAGCCAGAGCCAGAGCCAGAGCCUGAACCAGAGCCUGAACCACAGAUUGACCCGGUGGUAUUGGUAGGGGGAGUAGCCAAUAAAGGAACCACGGAGGAUAUUGCCCCUGUAGACAGGUCCUUCGACUUCAGUCAAAGUCCAACUCGACCACCACCACCUAUUCCCGUCGAUGAGCACAGAGAGCGCGACAUCGCAGUUGACGAUGAACUUUCAGCGGAGCCUCCUGUCCGCGAGAAGACCCGUCGGAGGCACUCGCAUGCUCAUCGUGACGGCUAUCAUUACUCGAGUCGUAGGCGUGAAAGUGAUGCUAGUUACAGGGAGCGCCCGAUCAUGGCUGUACCAGACCCUUCCAGCAUGCCAAAGACCAAGCGUCGCGACAGCAUGAACGAACGCGAGGCUGAGCGGAGAAGAGAAAGACUACGUGAGGCUGAGAAAACGGGUAGCAGUAGCGACAGAGAGAAAGCUUAUCCGGAGUAUCGGUCCCACCGCCGCGAUAGUAGGAGCGACGAGAGACACCCUAAACGUCGCCCCGUUGAGGAGAAGGAAGAUGAAGCAGAGAAACUAAGGCGACGUGAAGCUCGAAGGGCUGAGAAAGAGCGACUUGCUGCUGCGGAUGCUGCUCGGCUCAAAGCUGAAGAAGAAGCUAGAAAACUGGAACAUCGUGAACGACGCCGUGCAGCAAAGCGAGCAGAGGAAGAAUACAACAGAGCUCAAGAGGAACGUCGAAGGCUCAAAGAAGAGAAGAGACAGGCUAUUGAAGAUGAGGAACGACGAAUUCGACACGAAAAAAGGCGACAGAGGCAUGAGGCUGAGAAGGAAGCGAAGCGUCUGGAGCUGGAGAAAUUGGAACAGGCUGCACGUGAUGAGGAAGAGGCCAAGAGAGUUCGACGGCAAAAGAGGGCAGAGCGGGAAGCAGCUAAACUAGCAGCGGCGCUUCAAGAAGAUCUUAUCGAGCCACCACGCGACACUGCUCGACGUGUUGCAGAGGACUAUGACGAGCCACUGCCACCUCCUCCUCUACCACCCGUCGUUGACGAGACCCCACGCAGUGCACCACGAAGACGACUGAGCAUCCGAGACACUCCGCCGGGCGGAAAGCGCGGUGGUAUCUUUGGAGGCAUUUUCGGUCGUUCGAAGACGGAAGCUGCUCCACCUGUGCUUAAACCCACUCGGUCAACCCGCGCGCGCGCAAAUACGUUAGACGGUCCCAUCAAAGUUCCAAGGAGAGAAUUCGAGCCAGAGAGUUCUCCAAGCAGAGACAUCUCAUCCAACAAUGAGAGCCGAGACCGGGGCGAACGUGCACAUCGUAGUCGACGUUAUUCACACCAGCGCCGCCAAUUCGGAUCGCCUGAAGAAGAAGCCGAGUACUACAGGUGGAAAGAAGAACGGCGCUAUAUGCGACGUCCAGAACAUGAAAUGCCUGGUGGUAGGGAGGGCGGAGUUACUUUUGCAUCGCCAAUCGAUGACCUUCCUCCGCCCCCACCUAAACCUUUUGAAUACGACGUCGACGAUGAGGCAAUCGAUGAUGCGGAAUCACCUAUCAUCGAGGAUGCGGCCGCAGUGGUUGGUGUAGCCUCUUACUCGGACGAGGAACGACGCGAACGUCGACGCAGUCGGCGCAUGUCCAAGCCAGAGGAACGUCCCAAGACACGCCGCAUCUCCGUCACUGAGAAGGAGCGACCUUCCGGUCGUCGCCCUGAGGCUGACCGGCCACGAACUCGGGACCGCGGAGAUGACCGACCACGUGUAAAGAGAGGCGAGAACGAGCGCCGUGACAGAAGAAAGAAGGAAGAAUCGAGUGGUCUCAAGGGACUAUUUGGAGGACUCAAGAAGAGAAUUGCUUGACUAAGACGAUAACGACGACACACUGACAAAGAAGAUGAGAAAAAUUCCUUUACGAAUCUGGGUCAAAGGCGUUAAUCGGCGGGUGGAAUUUACAGCAUCUUGCUUCUCUUUUACCGACCGAAAAGGAAUAAUCGUUUACAUCAGGUGUUCUCUGUUUUUUAUUUCCCUCAGGAGUCUGGGACGGAAGUUUGGCGUCCGGUGUAAGAGGGGGCGGAACAUAUGUAAUAGUACUUUGUACCGUUUCCUUUUUCUACUUCUUUCUUCAUUCUGUUCUUUUUAUUUUCUUCGUUUAUAUUUAGAUCACCAGAGAUGACUCGCAAGAGGACACACAUACAGUAUAACUUUGUAUUUAACGUUGAGAAGAUGACGAGGUAGAGAUAUUCAUGAUAGGAAUGCCAAGUUAUGUCGAUUAUGAAAAAGGUUUGGGU